CCAUUGGAGGUAACAGAAAUUGGGAUUAUAGAUAUACUUGGGUCAGGGAUUCCGCGUUUACGGUUUAUGCUUUGAUGAGACUUGGAAUGACGAAAGAAGCUGAACAUUAUAUGAAUUUCAUGGAAGAAAGAUGUCAAGAUUUGAAUCCCGAUGGAUCAUUAAAUAUCAUGUAUAGCAUUGAUGGUGAUAAACGAUUAGUCGAAAAAGAACUUAAUCAUUUAGAUGGAUAUCGAGGUUCACGUCCUGUACGCAUAGGAAAUGGAGCGUAUGAUCAUGUUCAACUGGAUAUUUAUGGUGAAUUAUUAGAUGCUCUAUAUUUAUAUAAUAAAUAUGGUAGCCCAAUUUCUUAUGAUAUGUGGGUUAGCAUACGUAAAUUAGUUAAUUAUGUAUGUGACAAUUGGAUGUAUGAAGAUAUGAGUAUUUGGGAAGUUCGUGGUAGAAAACAGAAUUUUACUUAUUCCAAAAUUAUGUGCUGGGUUGCUGUGGAUCGAGGAAUUAGACUAUCAGAAAAACGUGUAUUUCCAUGUCUAGAAAGGAAUAAAUGGAUGCAAGUUAGGGAUACAAUUUAUGAAGAAAUUAUGACCAAAGCUUGGAAUCCUGAAAGAAAAAUAUUUACACAAUCUUAUGAAGCUUUAGAUUCUUUAGAUUCCUCGGUAUUAGUAAUGCCUUUAGUAUUUUUUAUUAGUCCAACUGAUCCAAGAUUCUUAAGUACUAUUAAACAAAUUUUGUUGCCACCCGAAAAAGGUGGACUUUUAGCAAAUAAUCUUGUUUUCCGUUACAACAUUAACACGACAGAUGACGGGUUAAAUGGAGAAGAAGGAUCAUUUUCAAUGUGUACAUAUUGGCUAAUAGAGGCAUUAACACGAGCUGGAAAAUAUGAUCGAAAGUUAUUAGAAAAAGCAGAAUUUAUAUUUGAACAAAUGAUUGGUUAUGGAAAUCAUUUAGGAUUAUAUAGUGAAGAAAUUGCAAAUGGAGGAGAACUUUUAGGAAAUUUUCCUCAAGCUUUUACUCAUAUUUCUUUUAUUAGUGCUGCAUUUAACUUAGAUCGCGUAUUGAAUGAACAUAAGAAGCCAAAAACUAUUGAGGGUCGUUAUGUCCAGCUUGUAAUGGGGCCUGCGGGCUCAGGAAAGUCUACUUAUUGUGCUACAAUGAUGACCCAUUGCCAAAACAUAGGUCGUUCUGUACACUUAUUUAACCUUGAUCCUGCAGCUGAAAAAUUUGAGUAUGAUCCUUCGAUAGAUAUUCGAGAUCUUAUAACUUUGGAAGAUGUUAUGGAGGAAUUGCAAUAUGGGCCUAAUGGGGGACUAAUAUAUUGUCUCGAGUUCCUGUUAAAUAAUAUGGAUUGGUUGGAAGAUGAAUUGGGUGAAUAUGAGGAUGAUUAUUUGAUCAUCGAUUGCCCAGGCCAAAUUGAGCUUUACACUCAUUUUCCAAUUAUGCGCCGUAUUUGUGAAUGUUUGCAAAAAAUGCAUUUUCGUAUUUGUGGGGUUUAUUUGUUGGAAAGUCAAUUUAUGCAGGAUAAUUCGAAAUUUUUUGCUGGAGUCAUGAGUGCUAUAUAUUUCGACCCAGAUCCUUUAUUGUUAGCUGAUGAAGCAAACGCAUCGAUGAAUCCAAGAUUUCAUGAUUUGAAUAGAGCGAUCGUGCAAUUGAUUGAUGAUUAUAACAUGGUUAGUUUUCUUCCAUUAAAUAUACAUGACGAAGAUUCUAUAACGGCAGUUUUAUCCAACGUAGACAAUGCAUUACAAUUUGGAGAGGAUCAAGAACCGAAAGAACCCAAAGAUGAAUUUGACAUUGA